AUGGUAGUUGCCCCUUUCCAUAAUGAAACUACAGUGACUGAAUUUCUCCUGUUGGGUCUGACCGAUAUUCAGGAGCUGCAAUUUAUUUUGUUUGUCAUCUUCCUUAUCCUCUACCUCAUCAGUCUGGCUGGGAAUUGUGCCAUUGUGAUGAUUGUCGUCUCUGAGACACGCCUCCACUCCCCCAUGUAUUUCUUCCUGGGCAAUCUCUCUUGUCUAGAUAUCUGCUACUCCACAGUGACAAUGCCCAAGGUGCUAGAGAACUUCUUCUCCACCCGUAAGGCCAUCUCAUUUCUGGGCUGUAUCACCCAACUCCAUUUCUUCCAUUUCCUUGGCAGCACAGAGGCCAUUUUGCUGGCUAUCAUGGCUUUUGACCGCUUUGUGGCCAUCUGCAAUCCACUCCGCUACUUGGUCCUCAUGAAACAUCAAGUAUGUCUUCAGUUGGCCACUGCAUCCUGGGUUAUCAGUUUCUUUUAUGCCUUGAUGCAUUCAAUUAUGACUUCACAAUUGAACUUUUGCCAGUCCCAUCAACUCAACCACUUCUUUUGUGAUGUCAAACCCCUUCUGGAAUUGGCCUGUGGAAAUACAGUGCUCAAUCAGUGGCUCCUUUCUGUUGUCACUGGUAGCAUCUCCAUGGGAGCCUUCUGUCUUACCCUCCUGUCCUAUUUCUACAUCAUUGGUUUUCUCUUUUUUAAGAGCCGCUCCUGGAACAGGCUCCAGAAGGCUUUAUCCACAUGUGCCUCCCACUUCAUGGUUGUCUGUCUUUUCUAUGGACCUGUAGGUUUUACCUACAUACGUCCUGCUUCAGACAGCUCCAUGGCACAGGACCGGAUAGUUGCCAUAAUGUACAGUGCUGUCACUCCAGUAUUGAACCCACUGAUCUAUACACUGAGGAAUGAGGAAGUGAAGUUUGCUUUUAAGAAAGCUUUGGGGGGGAAAUUCCUUUUCUGA